AUGACGGAUCUCACAUGUGUCGUUAAACUAGAUAGUGGUGCUAUCCGGAAACUGUUCGCCUUAGGAGGAAGCGCUGUCCUCACCUUGCAAGACUUUUUUCGGGAAGACGACGUUUUCAUUGCUUAUGGAAAUGAGAGGGCUAGUGCCGACGACUUUUACGUGAUAUCGGAAGAGUAUAAGCGUCUCUACUCCGGUGGAGUACGUCGAGGUGGUCGACGAGGUGCCACCUCUCGUCCACGAGUGAUGCCUGCUCGAAAUGAAAGCUUGCGCGAUGAUCGCUGCGGUAGUGUGGUGCCGGAUGAGUUAGCGCGAAAUCUCCCCGCUGAACUGGAUGAGAAAUUUUCCGUGUUACGGUUACUUGGCGACGGCAACACCGCGCUCGUGUACGAGGUCAUAGACCGACGAACGCAAGAACAUGGCGCAUUGAAAGUGAUUGCCCGUGAUUCGGCUGUUGGAAAGAUUGCGCUGAUUGAAAGCGAGCUAGCCAUCAUGAAACGGAUCGAACAUCCAUUCAUUGUACAAAUGUUUGACAACUGGACGAUUGACGGCGCUUAUUAUCUAUCGCUGGAACUGGUUGAGGGCGGCGAUCUUUUUGAACAUCUCUGUGUAGUGAGGCGGAUAAGCGAACGUCAAGCUGCUCGUUUGACCAAGGGCUUAGUGCAAGCAUUGACGUAUCUUCACGACAACUCUAUAGUUCAUCGAGAUGUGAAACCGGAAAAUUUACUACUCUAUACUGGUCCACAUGGCGAAUUUGAGUUGAAACUUGCUGAUUUUGGUUUGGCCACUGAGUUACCAGAAGAUGGAGGAAAGCUGACGGUAAUUUGCGGUACGCCAACAUACGUGGCUUCAGAGGUCAUCUUGGAAACCGGGUUAGUUGUUAGUUGCGGAGGAAUGAUUUCAUAUUUGACAAUUUGGUUGUGA